GUACGGUGCCUUCCUGGAUAAGAGGCACUUUACUCAGAAAUGGGCCAGGACUGUACGAGUUCGGGAAAUACAAGAUGAACCACAUGUUCGAUGGAAUGGCGGCCGUACAGAGAUGGACAUUUCAUGAUGGAAAAAUCACGUAUCAACGGAAGUUCGUCAACAGUCAGGCAUUUCAAAAAAACAAAAGUGCAAACCGUAUAGUCUUUUCGGAAUUUGGUACUCACCAAAUUCCAGAUCCUUGCCUAAAUAUAUUUCAGAGAUUCUUUUCGUCCUUUACACAUGAGGAGACUGAUAACACCUGUGUCACAGUCUGGCCUCAAGGGGACAGGGUUUUUGUUUCUACGGAAACUAUCAAAUUUCACGAAAUUGACCCGGAAACAUUGGAAACUCUGCAAACAGUAAAUUUUACCGAGUUUUUGACCAUAAACAAAGCCACGGCACACACCCACUGGGAUGAAGAUGGUACUGUUCAUCAUUUUGGUUUCUGGUACAAAGGAAAGGACCCAAAGUAUACCUUAUUCAAAAUUCCACCAAAAUCAGACGUAAAGGAGGCGUAUUCUAAUGUGGAUAUCGUUGGGUCUGUACCCAGCAGGUGGAUGUUCCACCCCGGCUACGUCCAUAGUUUUGGCAUGACGGAAGAUUUCUACGUCUUUGUGGAGCAGCCUCUUGUUUUCGAUAUUCUGAAGUUUGCGACCAUGAACAUUACCAAAAGAAGAAUUGAAGAAAAUCUGACAUGGUUCCCAAAAGAAAAAACGUUAUUUCACAUGUUGAACAGAAAGACCGGAGAACGUCACAAGCCCUCAGUGACAUACUGCGGGGACCCCAUGUUUACUUUCCACAUCAUCAACUCCUACCAAGAAGGAGGUCUGAAAGCAGGGCAUUUUUAUUAA